UUCUCCAGGGUUCUACGUCGUUUCUUCUGCGCUGUCUACUUGAUCUCGUCUAUAUACACCUUUUUUUUCUCCUAUCGUGACCUCCCUCAAGGACGAUUUCACGAUGACUUCCGCCGCCGCGGGCGUGGAGCCCAUCAGCUUCAACAACCUGGGCGACAGCAAUAGACGAGUCGCCUACUUUUAUGAUUCGGAUGUCGGCAACUAUGCCUAUGUCUCGGGCCAUCCCAUGAAGCCACACCGUAUAAGGAUGGCUCACAGUCUGGUCAUGAACUACGGACUAUAUAAGAAAAUGGAGAUCUAUCGUGCGAAACCAGCGUCGAGAUAUGAGAUGACCCAGUUCCAUACGGACGAAUAUAUCGACUUCCUCUCAAAGGUCACUCCCGACAAUAUGGACUCGUUUGCGAAAGAGCAGGGCAAAUACAAUGUCGGUGAUGACUGUCCCGUCUUUGAUGGUUUGUUCGAAUUUUGCGGUAUCAGUGCCGGAGGUAGUAUGGAGGGCGCUGCGCGUCUUAAUCGCAAUAAAUGUGACAUCGCUAUCAACUGGGCUGGUGGUCUGCAUCAUGCCAAGAAGAGCGAGGCAAGCGGCUUCUGCUAUGUCAACGACAUUGUCCUUGGAAUCCUGGAACUUUUGCGAUUCAGGCAGCGUGUCCUGUACGUUGACAUUGAUGUUCAUCACGGUGACGGUGUCGAGGAGGCUUUCUACACUACGGACCGCGUGAUGACGGUCUCGUUUCACAAAUAUGGAGAAUAUUUCCCCGGUACCGGUGAACUGCGCGAUAUUGGAGUCGGCCAGGGAAAGAACUAUGCUGUCAACUUCCCGUUGCGUGACGGCAUCGAUGAUCUUUCUUACAAGAGCAUCUUCGAACCUGUCAUCAGGAGUGUUAUGGAGUGGUACCGUCCUGAGGCCGUCGUUCUCCAGUGUGGUGGCGACAGUCUUUCUGGAGACCGCCUGGGAUGCUUCAAUCUGAGCAUGCGCGGUCAUGCAAACUGUAUCAACUUUAUUAAGAGUUUCAACCUGCCGACUCUCGUCGUGGGUGGAGGUGGCUAUACCAUGAGGAAUGUUGCUCGAACCUGGGCCUUCGAGACCGGAAUUCUCUGUGGUGAACAGCUAGGAUCCGAGCUCCCGUACAACGAUUACUAUGAGUACUUCUCCCCGGAUUACCAACUCGACGUCCGACCUUCAAAUAUGGACAACGCGAACACCAAAGAAUACCUGGACAAAAUUCGAGCGCAAGUCGUAGAGAAUCUCAAACGCACUGCGUUUGCGCCAUCUGUUCAGAUGACGGACGUGCCUCGUGACCCCCUGCUCGGAGGCAUAGAUGAUGAGGCCGAUGCCAUCCUUGACGACCUGGACGAAGACGAGAACAAGGAUAAGCGAUUCACGAAGAGACGCUUUGACCAGUACAUCGAGAAAGCGGGCGAACUCAGCGACAGUGAGGAUGAAGCAGAGAAUGGAACGAACGGGAUUCGUCGCCAGCCAGGUGUCCCCAAGCGACGGAACAGACAGAGCUACCGCAACCUCGAUGUCGCAGAUUCUGGGCCUGACAGUGGCCUUGCGACUCCAAGGGACGUUUCAUCGAUGCCCGAGGAUGAGAUGGAUUUGACGGCCGACACGAAGAUGGGCGAGGCAGCAGAAGCCGGCGCUGAAGAGCAGCCUUCACCUAUCCCCGCUGAACCGGCAUCGCGAGCGGAGGAAACGCCUGCCGCAGAAUUGAAUGGCACGACUGGUGAAGGAGAAGCUCCUGCUGCUUCCGUACCUACUACGCGCCCAGCUUCACCUGUCGCCCAGGAUGAAGACACGACUAUGGAAGAUGCGGGUGCUCCGGCCCCAGAAUCAGAGCAGACCGAAGCGCCCAUUAACGGACCGCAGGAAAAGACCCCCCCAGAGUCUCCGGCCGCAGCUGCUCCUGAAGCUUCAGAGCAGCCUACGUCUCCGGCAAAGUCCGGUUCUCCAGCCCCUAGCGCCCCUCAGCCCGCAGAAGCAGCAGAAGCAACGGGAAGUGCUGCUGAGGCACCCAAGGAAGAAGAGGCACCUGUGAAGGCAGAGGAGCCCGCUCAGCCGGAGGAGAGCUCUGAAAAGCCGGAGGAAUCGACAAAAACCGAAGAAUAGACUUCUGCUGAUGAUGGGGUGAACUCUUCUUUCCUGGCUCCGGCGCAACGGACAGUGGCAGGUAUGGUGUUGGUCUAGGUUGUUCUUGUAUUAUUUCCUUGCAUACAGCGUUUCUUUUUUCUUUUUUCUUUUCUCUUUUCUUUUCUUUCUUUCUUUUUCUGUUUCUUUUGUUGC